AUGGCAACAACAAUGAGUUUAUCGAAUUUAUCCACAAAUAUCGAUUUAUCUUCAUCAGCAUCCUCAUCCUCCUCAAACUCCUCCUCGUCCUCCUCUUCAUCAUCAUCAUUGCACGGACAUGAUGUCAUCAUGCAGCAGCAUACAGAGAAUGCCUCAUCAUUGUUACUAGAUCAAUCCGACGCACCACAGUUAUUCAACCAGUUAAGAUCUAUUUCUUAUCCGACCACAAUACGUGAUCCUAAUGAAUUAUGUACAAAUUUAAAUAUGAUUGAUAGACAUUUGACAAAUUCUAAUUUCUCAUCAUUUAUUCAACAACACCAGCAUCAGCAGCAGCAGCAACAACAUUCACACUAUUCAUCGAUAUCGAAUCAAUUAACACCAAAUACACCAUCAAAUUAUUUUACACAAUCUAAUGCCAACUUAUCUACCACAGAUUGUGUAUUAAUGUUACAACAACAUCAACAACCUCAACAAUCUCCAUCUCAACAUCAACAAUCUCAAAAACAUUUAGAUUUAAAACGUGAUCAUUAUGGUAUGUUGACUAUGUCAACAGAUGCAACCAAUCAAUUUGGUCUUGUACGUUCAUGGAUAGCUCAACAGCACCAACAACAUCAACAUCAGCAACACCAACAACAGACAGGUGGUCUUCAUUAUUUGCAAUAUUAUCCACAGCAUAAUUCACCUGAAUGUUCCAAUACAUCAACGGAUCAAUCGACAUUUCUUGGGAAUACAUCAAUACAUCAAUUACAGAAUUGUUUUGGGAAUUCACAAGUACAAAAUAGUAAUAAUAAUAAUAACAGUAAUAAUAAUAAUUCUAGUUUUAAUCAUAAUUUAUCAAUUUCACCGAAUUCUCUGAUGAAUAGUCAAAAUACAACUAGUAAUAGUAAUAAUAAUAAUAAUAGUAAUAAUAAUAAUAAUAAUAGUACAAAUAAAACUACUCGUAAUGGUCCAAUAGUUUCUGCAUAUUCUGCAGUUGCUGCUGUACAUCAAUUAACUCAAAUGAAUAAUCAUAUGGUUAACACAAUGAAUGGAAACAAUAAUAAUAAUAAUAAUAAUAAUAAUAAUCCCGCCGGUUGUCUAGGUGACAAUACAACAACCAGUUCAAUGAUCAAUAAUCAUGUUCCGUUCAAUAAUAAUAAUAGCAAUAAUAGUAAUAAUAAUAGAGGAUUAUCAUCAAAUUCUACAAGAUAUCCAUAUUGUACACCGCGGAUGGAAGUAGCAUGGGCUCGUUUUGAGAAACAACCACCGAAUAAUUUACGUAAAAGCAAUUUCUUUCAUUUCAUUAUUGCUUUAUAUGAUCAAAAUAGGCAUCCAAUUGAAGUGGAACGUGCUGCAUUUAUUGAUUUUGUCGAAAAAGAUAAAGAACCAGAAGGUGAAAAAACCAAUAAUGGAAUUCAUUAUCGAAUACGUUUAUUAUUUGCUAAUGGUGUUCAACAAGAUCAAGAUUUAUACAUUCGAUUGGUGGAUUCAUCGACAAAGCAGCCUGGUUAUAUAACAGCUACUACUACUACUACUACUACUACUACUACUACUACUACUACUACUACUACUACUACUACUACUACUACUACUACUACUACUACUACUACUACUACUACUACUACUACUACUACUACUACUACUACUACUACUACUACUACUACUAUGCCUAUUGCCUAUGAAGGACAAGAUAAAAAUCCUGAAAUGUGUCGAGUACUACUUACACAUGAAGUUAUGUGUAGUCGAUGUUGUGAAAGAAAAAGUUGUGGUAAUCGUAAUGAAACACCAUCAGAUCCUGUCAUUUUAGAUAGACAUUUUCUGAAAUUCUUCAUGAAAUGUAAUCAGAAUUGUUUAAAAAAUGCUGGUAAUCCACGUGAUAUGCGCCGAUUUCAAGUUGCAAUCUCAUCAACUCAUACAAUUGAACGUAAAUUACUAUGUAUAUCGGAUAAUAUGUUUGUGCAUAAUAAUUCAAAGCAUGGACGUCGUAUUCGUCGAACUGAUUCAAUUGAUGGUGGUAAGUUUUCGCUGAUAACUCUUACUUCUAUUACUACUACUACUACUACUACUACUACUACUACUACUACUACUACCACUACUACUACUACUACUACUACUACUACUACUACUACUACUACUACUACUACUACUACUACUACUACUACUACUACUACUACUACUACUACUACUACUACUACUACUACUACUGUGGUGCGAGCUACUUAUAAUUAG